AAGUAUUCAUAGGUUGCACAGCUGGUCACUGUUUAUCUAGUCGAUUUGAAGCGGUAUCAACUCCAUAGUCCAGUAAGAUGUUAUUCGACUGAGCUUUUCAAGCUUCACUAUCAACAAUUGCAAAUGACAUUAAAGCGUCAUGCGCGAUAAGGAAAGCACAUUGAGUGGUCUUAUCUAAUUUGUGUAAGUUUCAUUCUUCUCGCCUUCCUUACUUUUGUGUGUUUUGUAGUGUUGGGAAUGGAAUCAGUAACGUAACGUGGCCUGUAAGAAAUCAAUUAUUUGGAUUCUCAGUGAAAAUACAACAGUAAGAAAACAUAAACAAUAUCCGAACCAUUGCGGGCUGGGAAAUUGAUUUUAAAUUUUGCGUCUCGUUCCGGGAAAAUGUUUCGUGCCGAAGAAAAUGCCAAAGCUAGCGCUCGAGCGGGCGGUGAUAGUGAUCCGGAUGAUAGUAACAAUUCCUUUGCCGGAGCUACAUUGAAGAUUUCUGGAUCAGAAUCUAUAAGUCCUGAACAGGAUGCAAGACAGUACCAGACGCAGGGGAUCGGAGGAGCAACAAGUUCCGUUUUGAGUGGGUCAGACGGCGGGGCAGUGGGGAGUAUCUCUGGUGCUAGUGUUCCAGAUGGACCACAACCAGUAAAUGCUGAGCAACCUCAACAGGUGGUAUUCGUGAAGCCAAAGGUAGGAUCGCCGAAAAAUUUUUUCUCAUUCCGCGAAGGACUUCUAGAACAAGCUGUUGCUGAUUGUGUCAACAUUAUUUUAAGGCCGGCAAACGAUGUCGAUAUCAUUGGAACUUGGCUUUUGACGGAAAUAAGCCAUUGGGAUCAUGAGCGUGAACGCAUUUAUAUUUUAACAACUAAAACCCUACUCGAAGUCAAAUAUGAUUUUAUAUCCUUGAGGAUUUUGCAAAAUACAAAAUUGCGAUUAUUUCAAAUUGACAAAUUAAUAAGAGGAACUUUGACAUAUCCAGAGGGUUCACUGAUACCCGCAAUUGGAGGACUAAGUAAUGGCGUGGCAACACUCAUAAGUGACGGUUUCAAUGUUUGCAAAGAUUACAACAGAUUUUCUUCACAGGGUCUCACUGUUGCUAAUCGAUUCAAUUUCUCAAGUUUCAAACCAAUUGAAAGAAAUGAACAUGGCAUUCGAAUUAUGUGGAAUAAAGGGCAGCCAAUAGGAUGGAUGGCGUCUUGGAAUCCGUUUACUAACGAGAUACCAUGGAAGACUAUCACGGAUCAUCCUCUGUAUAAUUAUCAAGAUCCCUACAAUUCAGCUAACAUCAAAGAGGGUCUGGACAAGUUCCGAAAGUAUUAUUCAGUUGAUGGUUUUUACGAUGCAUUAGUCCAAACAAUUUCAAACAAUAAUUCAAAAAAUGCCGACAAUACAACCAUCUGUAAGUUUGAGGAAGGCCCAAUUGUCAUGCAAAACUACAUCGGAAUAGGAGCUAUGAUUCACAACAAACACAAUUUUGGAUUUUUCAAAGUUCGAGGAAAGUUUAGCUUUUAAUGGAAAAACCACGAAUGCCAUCAUCAGGAUUUUGAAACAAUUUUAUAACUACCAGUGGUUAGUCCACAUAAGACUUAAAAUGUAGUACCAUUCCUGUGAAUUACUAUACACAAUAUUUCUUAAAUUCGGAAAAUAUCAUGUGGCUGUUAUUUAUAUACAUGUUUUAAACUUUGCAAAAACAAUUCAAAUUGAAAUUAAAAAAAAAUAAAUUGUAAAAAACCAAAGAGUCCUGUGACUCAUGAACUCUAUUGACCAGUAUUUGUUAUUUAGGCAUCAAUCCAAACAUUUCAAUUAAUUUAAUGAAGGACAACGAUGUGCUUUUUCAAGAAUAAACUAUUAGUCGAAAUCA